AUGGAUGAUCUUUGGAUAUCGUAUUUAUGCUUGGGAAAUCAUAAACAUGUAAGAACUAGGAGCAGUGUUGGAAUACAAGUAGUAAAUUAUGUUGCUGAAUUAAAUAAUUUAACAUGGCAUAAGAACAACAAUUUUCCUGGUGAAUUUGCAAGAUUAAAUAUUUAUGUUGAUCCUAAACCACCUUCAAGGCUUACUUUGAAUAAAUCCAAUUCUAAGAAAAGUGAAAAAAAUUCACCAACAUUGGAUGUUAUUAAUUAUAUUCCAAUAGAAAUUGUGUUAUUCAAACCUUUAUUGUUGAUGCAUAUUUCUGGUGAAUGUAUAGCUAGUGCUGUAAAACAUUUUGAGAUGUCUCCAUCAAAUAUAGUAGUAAUUCAUGAUGACAUAGAACGUGAAAUUGGGAAAAUUAGUUUAAAGUUAAGUGGAAGUUCAAGUGGACAUAGUGGACUUAAAUCAGUUAUUGGAUGUCUUGACACUGAA